AAUAAUGUACUGUUUUGGGAAUUUUUAAAUAAUUAAAUAACUUUAGCGCCCUCUGACGGAUGAAUGUUUGCAAUAUUUAUAUUUUUAUGCCAUGAAUCAUCUGUUAAACGCCAAACAACGACAGUGAGAAGAAAAUCCAUUUAUUCGUAAUUUUGUUCGUGAUAAUAUGUGAGUGAAAGUGCAAAAAUGGCAGAGGAUAAAAGCGAGAAAAUGUUAAUAUCAUUUAUGUGCCAAAGGUGUUCUCAACCAUUAAAAUUAGAUGAUUCUUUAAGUUCCUUCAGUGAACAUAUUUCAGCAGAAUUAAACUUACCAAUACAUUCCAAUCCAGAUGUAGAUUUAGAAUCUCAGGCCACUAGUUUCGAUCACUAUAUAUCUCCUUGUAGACUAGUCGAUUCAGGAAAUGGAUUUAUGCUUAUAUCAGAUGAAAACGAAUCACAGUCCUUAAGUCAUACGUAUAAGAAAAAAGCAGCUUUAUACGAUACUCUCUCAGGCAACUCCAACAUUGAUCAUCCCUUAUGUGAUGAAUGUACAGAUUAUUUAAUAGAAAUUUUACAGCAGGAGUUGGAUGAUACAAAAGCUGAUUACGAAGAUUAUUUAAGAUAUUAUAAAAUGCUUCAAAAUGACAAAAAUGAGCCUAAACUUAUGGAACUGGAAAAAGAGUUGGAAGAUUUGAAGGCAGAAGGGAGCAGAUUUCUAGAAGAGUUAGAAGCACUCACAAAAGAAGAAAUUGAACUACAAACUGCAAUAGCAGAACAACAAGCUGAAGCCCGAAGGCUCGAUCAGCAACGAGAAGUUUAUUAUAAAGAAUAUACAAAACAUCAGAAAAACUACCUUCAAGCUUGUGAAGAUGCUAAGAGUUUAGAGUGCCAACUGAACUACACCCAGAUGCAAUUAGAUAAAUUGAAGAAAACAAAUGUCUACAAUGCUACAUUUCAUAUUUGGCACAAGGGCCACUUUGGCACUAUUAAUAAUUUUUGUUUGGGACGACUUCCAUCAGCACCAGUUGACUGGUCAGAAAUAAAUGCUGCAUGGGGUCAAACUGUUCUCCUGCUCUCUGCACUUGCACGUCAAAUAAAUAUGACUUUUGAAAGAUAUAGAUUAGUUCCAUAUGGCAAUCAUUCAUACAUCGAGGUUAUUGGUGAACAAAAAGAAUUUCCAUUGUAUGGAUCAGGUGGAUUCAAGUUUCUUUGGGAUACAAAGUUUGACAACGGAAUGGCUGCGUUUGCGGAUUGUUUGCAACAAUUUCAAGAGAAAGUUGAAAAAGGAGGUAAAGGCAGUAAACAAUUUUGUUUUCCUUACAGGACAAAUAAGGGGAAAAUUGAAGAUAAUGAGGCCAGCUAUUCCAUAAAAAUACAGUUGAAUUCAGAAGAACAAUGGACCAAAGCAAUGAAAUUUAUGUUGACCAAUUUAAAGUGGGGUGUAGCCUGGGUUACUUCCCAAAUACCUGUUGAUGUUGAAGAAAACAUGCAAACAGAUAACUAGUGUCAUUGGAUGUUUAGUAUUUUUUAUAUAUUUAAGUAACUUAGUACCUACAAAUAUUUUACAAAAUCAUACCAUAUUUUUGUUAUGAAAAUGACUGACUUUGUUGUAGUUGUGUUUAAUAAAUUUGCAGUAGAUAUGUUA